AUGUCUAAGAGAAGUUCGUCAAUUAGCUCAAACAGCUCGGGCUCCCUAGGAUACCUCUCUUCCGAAUCAGAGCCGCCAGGCACAAUUAAUACAGUAGGAGAUUUCUUUGUUUGGACGUAUGGCAUUGUGCUUAGGAUGUUAAAAUGGUUGUGGUCGAAGGCGUUCGCAAUAUCGUGUAUCAUAUUCGUACUGAUGGACGUUAUGACCACAGUGUUCUACAAAAGGUUCAUAGACCACACGAGAAACUAUAUCAUGUUCAGCAUACAGCUUAUCAUAAGCACGUUCUGGUUUCUGAUAUCAAUAAUAGCAGUGUUCUGCCUGCUGUUCAAGAGAAAGUACAUGAAGAGGCCAUUCGACACGAAGCCACUGGUGUUCCUGGGCUUCCUGGAUAUGCUCUCGACGGGAAUAUCGGCAUUCGGAAGCGCGCACACGAGCGGGCUGAUGCUGGUGCUGCUGGGACAAAUCUCAGUGCCGCUGACGAUGGUCUCCUGCAAAUUGUUCCUGUCGAAGAAGUACCACCACUUCCAGUACAUAAGCGCACUGAUAAUACUGUUCUUCGCAAUCCUGAAGCCGAUGGUCAACAGAACGGACACGUCGGACAACAGGUUCUACAACAACGUGCUGUACCUGAUCGCGUCAAUCCCGGACGCAAUAUCGUCGGCACUGAGAGAGAAGCAAUACACGUCAAAAUUCUUCCACGUAAUCAAGUACCAGUUUUUCGCAUUCAUGUUUCACUUCUUCUAUAACAUACUGUACACGCUCGUGACACUGCUGCCCUCGAAGGGCUUCUACAGCUACUUCGAAAGCCUGUACGACCUGUACGUCAACGGGUUCAAGUGCGUGUUCAAGGGAGUGAACACAAUCGUUGAAAAGUGCGGGCCGACAAUACACCCGACGUGUGACAACUGCAAGGACGCCUUUAAAAUAUACUGUAUGUAUAUAGUCUUCAGCAGUGUCAUCAGAAUCGCAUACGUGUUCAUCAUGCUCGACGGCUCGGUGACAUUCACACUCCUCCUGGGCACAGUGAAGGUGCCGCUGACCUCAAUAGCAUUCUCGCUGCACUUCAUAGCAGGAGACAGCACGACGAGCCUCAACUUCCUGGAUAUCGUCUGCUUCCUGGGCAUCGUCUGCGGGCUUCUGCUCUACGCGCUGGGCUCGAAGCGCUCCCAGGAUGAGCACCAGCUGCUGGAUCAGCCGCUCCUGGAGGACCACGAGGACUUCUCAAUCAUGGCGGCGGACAGGCUUAACCACCCGGAGCCGACAAGUAGAGACGUUUUCACGUGA